AACCGAACUAAAGCGUUGCAUUGGUUUCGAGCGCAGGCAUAUACAUUGUGGGACAUAUAUAUUAGGUCAAACAAACAAACAAACCAAAAAUACUGAAUAAGACGUGAUUCAUUACGGCUCAUUCAUAGCACUUACACUGUAUAUCAUCGAAGAUGAUGAGGGCUUUUUUAUGUUUACGUUGUCCAACGAAAAUUCAGCGAGGCUUUCGACGAAAUCAAAUUAAUUUUAUGCUUUUCACUGUGUCGGGUGGACUACUACUGCUCCUCUAUUAUAAGCUGAGUGACACCGUUGUAGCGGAAUCGUCGUUUAAGCAGCAUUUUGUGGAUUUUAAAAAAAAUCAGCGAGUUAAGUAUGUGAAAAAUGUUGGAAAUCUCUCGUCAGCUUGUAGACUGCCGAGUUUGGAUCCGUUUCACCCAAGCAUCAUGCAGUUUGUGACAGAUCUUGGAAAGCUACGAUGUGAAGGAAAAACGUAUUCAACCUACGCUCACAAUAUGCUGGAAGUGAAAGGAGAAGAUAUAUCUUCCGUACAAUACAGAAUAAUUGAAAGAGCUCCUGGAGAUGAUUUUCAUACUGUACUUUCCGAACCAAAGCACGUUGUUAACCAAGCCAAAAUACUUAAUCGGAAACCCUCCAAACCAGGUAAGAUAUGAUUUAUUUUGAUAACAACUUUUAAUGAAGUAAAAUUUUAUUUUACCAGCGGAUGAAAAUCGAUAUGUCAUCUCAGGUGAUUCUCGUAUGCCGUCUUGAAUUUCUUCUCCUAUAACGCAACGUAUCAUAAAGCACAGGCUGGUGAUAAAACCCGAAUAAUCACCGAAUACUACGAAUAGUCGUGAAUAAUGACGAAUACUAGCGAAUAGUAGCGAAUACUAGCGAAUAGUCUCGAACAGUGGCGAAUAUUGAUAUAUAUAUAUAUGUAUUGAUUGUCAAGUUUUCGGUAAGUGAGUAAAUCAAGUUCCCCUAGUUGUCAGGCGCCCCUUUAUGUCAUGUCGCGUUAUCGACCCCGGUCUUCUGGUGACCUAACUAGGCCGUUUAUUGUACAAAACAAGACACUCUAUGGAGUGCAUACUCGUGCUUAACCAGCUACGAAUGAGCUCUGGUAUCCACAUACUGAGCGCUUUGCAUGCUUUCUUCUGCAGUAACUUUUGUGACGAUAGCGUGACAUUCUCCACGUGCCCGAGGACAAGGCGUUCAUUAACAUAUCAAUCAAGUCUUAUGUUUUUUAUUCUUGUCGUCUCAUAAAGAUCUCACCGAUAAGCUUGCUUUACACCUUGUUAUCCUAAUACUUGCUUCGAAGAAAGAUUGAUCGUCAUUCAAGCCAUCUAUAUAGGCUACCUAGGGAUCGCUAUUGAACGAUAUUUCAAUUGGUUUGGCUAAGCACGGAUCAUUGCCAGAGUUUCUUUAUCAACGUCACCUCGAAGUUGGUGACAAGUCACAGGCUACACAUGACGGAUUGAUUCAACAUUCCAAUAGAAUCUCCAAACUGUCAGGUCAUAGUUCGCAAAUGGAAAUGUUAGAAUAGGGAUUUUUGAUGAAACUUUCCAGAGCUAUAGCUUUUUGCGACCACAAAAUUGCAAUCCUAUCGAGGACUUUUGUGCGAAUUUCCCUAAUUUAAUCAGGCUCCAUUACCAGCUGCUAAGUCAGCAGAGACCAUGCUCUAAUAAGAUGUUCGAAAGCACAGUAAAAAUGUAAAAACGUCUUGCACUUAUUGACUUCCUUCGCCGUAAUUACUUUAGACUUUUGGUGAUUUUGCUAACGUGACAGCACAAUUAUGCAAAUUAGUCUGUUGAGCAAACUCCGACCUUUCUUUAUUAUUAGCUUCAUAAAUCUUUCAUUUUAACCAUUUGCAAAAGAAAAGAUAAUAGGGUAUAGCUUUUAAAACACACUGAUUGAUACUCUACACAUUUUAAACGGCUAAAAUCUGGCAAAUGAUUCUGUCAAAAAAGUUUUUUAACGUAUUUCCAUAAAACCAAUGUGGUUUUAUUUAUUAACUACCAAAGAUAGCUUAAUGGGCAAAGUUUAAGGCAAAACUUUUUCCGAUACAAAUUGCCCUGGACCGCUCUGACAUAGAUCGCCACUUAAGAUGCAGCUUAAUUCGCGCUGGACAGAGUUUGGGUUGAGAUUAAUUGCUUAGAAUGCGGUUUUGUUAAACAAACUUUGUUUGAAUAAGCGGCCCAUUUUGUCCGCCUGGGCUUUAGUUUGGUUUCAUUUCUAUAUUUUAACAGAAUUGGAAUUUAUCGACUGGAUAAAUCCAUCGCACAGCCUAAAAGUCUUUUCCUAACGUUUUCUGGUUACUUUCAGAACGGGUUUGAAUUUUGCAUUUGGAUUUGCAUUAUUCUUUACACAUAAAAUAAAGAUAGAGACCUUUGCAUACAUCUCUUUUGUUAAAUGAAAUACUGGCGAGAAAGAGAGAUUCAAUUCAUGACCAUUGCUUUGUUUUUAGAAUAAUUUAUAUCAUACUAAAAACAUUAUUGGUUAAAAGAGCGUGCUCUAUCAGCAGCAGAGUACAAAACGUGGAGCUGAGCUAAAGCUGUCACGCCAUCCGCCAAUGUCCGAUCAUUUCCCGGACUUCUCCCUAGCUUGUUUUCGUUUAAUUGAACCGGCAAAUAGCAGCAGAAGAACCAUGCAGUUUUGGGUCAACCUCCCUCCCUUUUUGGUCCGCCGCUCUGAUUGUGGAGUUUAUUAACCAGCGGUGGAGUUGCAAGUGUUGUUUGUGAUAGGGCCCGAGGACAUGAGUAUCAGAAAAGUAUAUAUAUAAAAAAAAUCAGAGUAAAUUUUGGAUAAGUCGACCGCGAAGGAAUCAAGGAGAAGCCUAUUUCUGACUAUUAACGUUGUUUGUGGUUUUUUAACAGGUAUCUUUAGAAAAUUGUGGAACUGGAUCAAAGGAUGUAAGUACUCGUAAUAGUAACUGGACUCUGGCGCAGUAUAGAACAUUAAAUAAGAAAAAAUAGGAUAAACUGUUCCACAGCAUUACCCUAAAAAAAAUAACGAAUGUGGCGCUGCCAAAAGCUCUUUACAGUAGCACUCGUAGUUGCCUUAAAGUAGAUUGAGAUGUGCCAUAUGUGUUACAAAAAGCGGUGUGAAAGUCACUAACAAAUUUCCGUCACAUGCACUCCCCCAUAUAAUUAGUUUGGAAACUUCUCUCAGCAGCAAAAAACCAGUUCCCUUUGUAUUGUAAUAAUCUUCAUUCAUAAUCGCUUUCGUUGGCCUGCACACAAUAUACGUGCAACAUGUACAUGACAGAGCUUCCACUUGCGUGUUUGACUUCUGUCGCACGCUUAUUGGUCUAACUUGGGCGCGCCUGAUUAAAAUCGAGCGCCUGCAAUCCUAGUCUCCCUCGUAGCCAUUGCUGGAUCUCGUUACGAAACGCGCUUUACCCCCGGCCUUACUACCACGCCCCACGAGAUCAAACACAGGCUGCAAAGGAGACUACUGCGUCCGGGAUACUUUUUCGUUUGCUUGACAUUCUUGACGGGCAGGGUAGAAACUUACAUAACAUCCUUCGUGCGUCUUUUUCUCAUUUCGUGACACAGAUCGCCCCUCAUCCCCAUUCUAUGGAAAGGCAACCGUGAAAGCUGAAUACCUCCGUGUCGAUGUCGUGAAAACUUCGGGUGCGAUCGAAAGUGACGUACACAUGCAGGUCGUGCCAAAGGAUGAAGUGUUAUCGAGACCGGCGAAACCUGGUGGUAUUCCACUUGAUAUCUCACUGAUCAUGUAUGAUUCCACAUCUGCUGCUAACUUCCAGAGAAAGAUGCCCAACACUUUGAAGUACUUGACGAAACAUCUCAAUUCAGUCGUUCUUCAAGGUUUGUUUAUUUCAAAAUUUCGGUGUCUAGUGUCUGGUAUAGUUGUUGGUAUGGAAGACGCGAUGAGAAGUACUAAUGACAUAAGCCGUGGCGACGUGAAGUGAUCUAAAUUACUUUGAAAAAUUAAAGGUGUUCUGAACCUUCACUAUCAGAGAUCCGAUUAUAGACCUACUGGUAGUUGUGCAUUUCCGUGAAAAUUCUAGCAUUUGAUUUUGGACAAGAUGAUAUCCGCUGUCUCAUAGGUUUGUCCAUUGGCUCAUCGCUGGUUAAUUUAUUGAUAUUGCACAAGAUAUUGUCACAAGAACUCGAGGAAGAUUAAGAGAACGAGCAGCCCAUGGACUAGCUGCUCAUGCUUAGACAGGAGCCAUUUCACGGAUAGAUUCUAAGUUGCCGUGUGGUAAGAACAAAAACGUGGCACACGGCGAAGUGCAGCCACGCGUGUCAAUGAUACUCUCAACGAGAACAUCAUUGGACGUCUUUUGUGAUCUAUGACUGCACAGACCAGCGGCAACAUCAAAUCUGUAUGUUUUAGAUGAUAAAAAAGCAAAAGGUUGUUAACGGUGACGUAAUCUAUGCAUUUGUCCUCCAGUAGGUCAUAAUAAAAAAAUCAAUCAAAAUGCAUCUAAAAUUCGGCUUACCAUAUAAAAUAUCUAUUCACUUCAUGGUAUAAAUACCGCAGUUUGAGCUGCGGCAGCCGUGCAGGUCUAUAUAAAACACUAUUUCUUGUUCCACUUUGAAGCCAUUUUACCAUAUAAAGGUAUCAGAACGCGCACAUACUGUAGAACGGGGCAAAAAUACGCACGGAAAGCGGAGCAAUGAAAUGUUCGCACUGAACGUUUCUAACUUCGGUUUUAUCCUAUUUUUUUGUGCUUUGAACCUUUAAGCGUAUCAGAUUUUUGGCAGUCAUUUAAAACUAUUUCAACAAUUUCGCUGAUGUUGUUUUUAUCGUUAGCCGACGUUUUGCUCGUAUUUUUCCUCGCCAGCCUUAUUUUUCGUCAAGGGGGAUUGGAGAAUUUGGGGGGGGGUCACAUAAUUUUCAGUGGGAACAGAGGGGGGGGUCAGUCUUCGUUAACAGAGGAUAAAGGGAGGACUAUAGAAAAAUUGAGGGUCUUUUUUUUAAUACCAUUCACUCCCUCGCCGCUCAUCUCCUCUAAUCUCUUCCGUCCCUGCAUAUUUUUUAAUAUUUGUAUAAGCACAUAGCUACCAUGAGAGGAAAAUUCAUGAAAAUUAUAACUACCUCCGAGGAGUAUCAUAAAAAUACGACCGAGCCUUAUGGGGAUCAGGUAGAUUUUACCGUGUCCUCCGACCCCUCCUCCCCUUGUAAGGCGAUAAAUAUUGACCAGUCUCUAAAGGUGUAUUUAUUACUCAUACUAGGUGAAACAAUUGUGGGAGAUGGUACAACAGCCCAACUGUGUGCAAUGCUUACUGGUAUAGCUGAAAAGGAACAACCAGAAGCGAGAAGAAGUGAACCAAAUGCUAAGACAGUUGAUAAUUGGAGGUGGAUUUUUCGAGAUUUAAAGCAGAAAGGAUACGCUACCCUGUUUUCUGAGGACUCGACGGCUUAUGCAACCUUUAAUUACCGGCUACACGGAUUUAAAGAUCCACCCACAGACCAUUUUGCCAGGCCACUAUGGAUAGAGGCGGACAACAUUACUCAACGGGUUGUUCAGUGUAUCGGUGGGCGAGCAUUUCACAAUAUGUCUCUUGACUAUUUGGUUGAUUUCUUUCGUGCAUACAAACAGAAACCCAAGUUCUCUCUCAUGGUGAAUGCAAUUAUGUCUCAUGACGAUCUGAACAGAAUAGGUCAUGUCGAUGAUGAUUUGAAAAGAACAUUACAAACCUUGGAGAGAGAGUCUUUUCUGGAAAAUACUUUUUUGAUUAUAUUUGGCGACCAUGGUAUUCGAUAUACUGGGAUAAGAAAGACUCUCCAAGGGAAAUUAGAGGAGAGACUUCCUCAUAUGUCCAUUACAGUCCCAAAGUGGUUUACUAAGAAGUAUCCAGAUCUUUACAAGAAUUUGAUCCAUAAUUCCAAAUUGCUGACCUCACCGUUUGACGUGUACGCAACACUACGUCACAUCCUGUCGUAUCCCAACUACCCCAGUGAUAUAAUAACUGGCCAAAGUCUGUUUACUAAAAUUGACAAAGAUAAACGCACGUGCGCGAGUGCUGGAGUUGAGGAGCACUGGUGCCCGUGUCUGAACUUGGAAGAAGUUUCCACAGAGGAACCAAUGAUAAAAAAAUUAACCGAUUUUGUGGUUACCCAUAUGAACGAUUUGAUCUUUCAGCACCCAGAGUUGAAAACGCAGUGCCACAAAUUGGUUCUAAAAGAAAUCAAAAGCUCUUUCCGUGACAUGCCAAAUGCGGAUAUGCAGUUUUUUGACUCGACGUACCGCGACGAAAAAUGUGAUUCAUGCGGGUUAAAUUACGGUAAAAAGUCAAUGAACACUUUAGCCAGGGAUACAAUGUAUCAGCUGCAGUUCGUGACGUCACCUAAUGAAGGAUUUUAUGAAGCAUCUGUUAGAAUGAAGAAAGGGACUCCGUCACUCGCGGGAGGUAUCAGCCGCCUGGACGCUUAUGGACACCAACCUCACUGUGUCGAAGAUAAAUAUCCUCUUUUACGGAAAUACUGUUACUGCUUGAGUCAGCGUACAUGA